GAAAUAGUCGUGACCGCCUAUAUAAUGAUAUUAUUGAUCUUCUUAAAGAGAAAGGUAGUGGGUGGUAUGUUGGGUAUCAAAAUACUAGAGGUAAAUUAUUCGUAGAAUGGUUAUCUAGUGCUAUUUGGUAUGUUGAUCCACACAUUAAAUUACUUAAGGAUCGUGCAUGCCAUAUGCCAUUAUUAUUUCAGCAAUUGCCAACUUACAAAUUAGAUUCCAACUACAAUACAUUUUAUUUUACAUCACAUCACAAAAAAGAAAGAAUUUCUUGCCAAAAAUUACUUGAACAUUGCAAAUGUAUAGAGUAUAGCGCUAGUGAAAUAUGGGCAAGUGGAAGUUGUUGGUCUGAAAUAAUUCCUGAAGUCUUUAAUUUAGCUCUUAUGAUGAGAAAAUAUGCAGAACAUUUGCAAAAGUCUUCUCAACUUACUAACAAUGCACAUUAUUCUACUGAAUUAGUUCGUACACCCAGUAAACAUUGUAAACUUAAGACAAUUUUAGGUAGUUUAAAAAGUAAUUCCAAAUAUGAAGAAUUAGAAAAAAAUCUUGCUGAAAAAGAUUUAUAUGAGUUUAUUGAAAUUUCUGAAUUUCUUCCUUCUGAAUGUAUUGAGCGUCAUAGAUGGAUU